AUGGAACAGAUUAUUAUCUUUCGACCUUUUAUCAGAGAUUUAUGCAAACAACUUCAAACAUUACACGAGCAAAACCAAUCAGACACGCCAUUAACAGUGUUUCGUGGACAUGCAGAUAUGACUGUAAAGCAGUUUGCGACCAUCGAGAGAAACGUUGGUAGUUUGAUAUCAUUCAAUGGGUUUCUAUCAACUACAAAGGACUUUGAUGUUGCUUUAGUAUAUGCUGGAGUUUCAUCAGCUCAGAAGAGAUCAGUCGUGUUUGAAAUUCGAACCAAUUACAAGUCGACAAAUGUGGUGUUUGCUGACGUUGCAGCAUAUUCAGAUAUUCCGGAAGAAGAAGUUCUAUUUAGUCUUUGUUCUGUAUUUAAAAUUGAUAAUAUUCAAAAUGAUGAACAAAAUGAAUUGUCAAAGGUUAUUUUGAGCACUCCAAAUGAAGAUCCAGUGGCUAUUCCAGAACAGAGAAACUAUCGUUUACCUUUUCUAUACCAAUACUCUCAGAAAACAUAUCUUAUCAGAAUAUGCGCUGCGAUCCUUUUCACGAUGAUAAUAGCACUAGGUGCUCUGUUUGGUGUGAUACUUAAAUUUCAAAAUCACAAUGGAAGACCAUAUGACUGUGAUGGUGCGAAUUGUGUAGAUGUUAGCACAACGUCAGCAUCAACGUUAGGAGCAGACUGUAUUCCAGUUGGAUGGAAUUAUAAAGGCGACUUGAUAACAAGUGAUCAACCUUAUGUUCACCUAACUGUCGAUCAUGAUUCAAAUGUGUAUGUUGCUCACGAAAAAAUGAAGAGUUUGGAUAAAUGGUCGCCUCAAGGUACACUUUUGAAGCGAUUAUAUCAAUAUCAAUUUUGGAAUCGAAGCUUGAAUAUUUUCAAAAUAACAGAUGACAAUAAUGGAUCAUGGGUGAGCGUAGGAUACGAUUUUAAUCGUAUUUUGAAAUACUCAAAUGGAUCAGAAUUGGGAGAAACGAUCAUCGCUGGAACACUUCUUCACAUGUUUUCACACACGAAGGAAGUAGAUAUCGAUGCGUAUACAAUAGCUGUUGAUCAAACUGGUUAUGUUAUCUUGGGUGAAUUGCAUCGAGUAUCAAUAUGGUCACCCGAUGGAAAAUUUCAUAGUACAAUUAUGAAUAAACAUCGAAUUCAUGAGCCUGUAGGAUAA